GAGUGCAUUUUAAUCUCAUCCUCUAUAUAUAUUACAAAAUUAAUUAUCCAUUGGAUAUGGGUGUUAUUGGGAAGGGUAUUGGAUAUGGGUGUUAUUGGGAAGGGUAACGAGUGAAUCUAUAUCUAUACCUAAUAUUAGACUAAUAUUAGAGAGAGGAUGUUUCUUUCAACUGUUGCUUUUUCCAACCGUCGUGGACAUUUUGCAAAAAUAACCCCUCAAAUUUUUGGUAAUCAACUCGCAAUCCAAAGCUGAAUAGAUGGGGGCUCCGGUGGAGAAAGGAGGGAAGGGAGGGGGUUAAACCGAAACGGUAAUCCCUUCCUCCGAGCCGCGCCCCGAAUCUGGCGGGAGCGGGUGGUGGCGACGGCGGAAAGCAGGGUGGGGUGGAGUGGGGAAGCCGGGCGGCGGGGAGCGAAGGCGGGCGGCGGGGAGGUGGUGGCAUUGCAGGGGAGCCAGGCGGCGAAGCGGCCUCGCGGCGGCCAGCGGGGAGCGAACCCCAAGUCCCCAAGAUCAAGAUUUGCUCCGAUCCUCUCUUUAUAUCCUCCCCUGAGGCCCCAAUCUGCUAUGCCUCUCCCUCUCAGGAGUGAAGUGACAGCGAGCUUGAGCUCAUUGCGAGGUUGGUAUUGGUUGGCGUUGUUAGGGCGAAAGGAAUGGAGCGGCGGGUGGAGCUUGACAUGCUGCAGCAGGAGAAGAAGGGGACGAAGAGGAAGCGCGAGCGGGUGGAGCUGCGGCGGAUCGAGGACCGGACCAGCCGGCAGGUACGCUUCUCCAAGCGACGGAGUGGGCUGUUCAAGAAGGCCUACAAGCUCUCCGUGCUCUGCGACGCACAAGUCGCACUCGUUGUCUUCUUCCCCGCUGGCCGCCUCCACAAGUUCACCUUCGCUGUCUCCAGGGAUUGCUGGUGCUUUUGCAUAUGCAGACAAUCUUCUAGCUGCUGCACCUGUAGGACUAUUGCGACGGCUUCUUUUGUUCCAGCCUACAAGAGUGAGCAUUCAUUCAUAACGGCAUCGUGGGGGUGGCGGUCGACGGAGAGGCUCAUGAUGGUGGGGCUGGUGGCUUCUCUGCGGGGAGGCCACGGCUCGUUCGUUUCCUCUUCGGGUCCAUCACCAUGGCGAGCUGGAGCCGUGGGUGCGGCCGCGCCGGCUUGGGGGAGGAGAACAAGUGGCCGCCCGAAGAUGAGGGCCGAGGCGCUGCCCAUCCCUACCACGCGCGGGUGCGCUUGCGAGGGAAAAAGUGAAUGUAGAAAGUUCAUGUUUGGUGUGCCAACAUAUAUUGGAUAUCUUGAGGAGAUGUUUAAAGGACAUUUAGUGGAUGGAGCAGCUUCUGUCAUACCAGGUUCAUCAACUCAAGAGAAGGGAGAUGAGAAGGUAGACUUAGGUGAUGAUGAAGGUGAAGAACAAGAGGAAGAGGAGUUCCUGACAAGUCCUCUGAGCAGUGGCAACCGCAAGACAACAAAUAGCACUGCAAGCACAGCCACAAGCCCAAACAAGAAGAGUAAGAGCCCAAUGGUCAAGAUGUUCUAGGGGCUUCUUGUUGAGUUACAAGUUGCUAGGAGUAAGGAAGAAGCAGCAAUACAAGAAAUGGAAAAAUAGAGACAAGAUGAGUUGGAAAAAAAACACUAGUACAGGCAAUUUGAGUUGGAAAGGAGGCAUUAUCUGAGGGAGAUGGAGAAACAGAAGGAGUUGGAAAAUAAGCAGAAGGAAAAGGAUGACAUAAAGAGGUGUCUGUUGUUGGUAAAGCAGGCUGGAGCUGGUCCCACAUCAACUGAAUUUGGCAUAGCAACAAGAUUGUUUCAGCACGAGUACUACAAAGAUGUGUUUGACAUGAUCGAUGAUGAUGAGGAGAAAUUGAUUUGGUUGAGGAAGACAUGGAAUGACAUGGAAUGACUGCUAUGUUUAUCUGAAUUGUGUUGUUUCAUUCGUUAAGAACUAGAAUUAUCUUUUAAUGGCAGAACCUUUUGUUAUGGCUCAA